AUGUCUUUCGAACAAUCCUGCCUGGACAUCCGCAUUGAAGUCCGCGGUGACCACACCGUCCUUCUCGCUGGUGCUGGACUUGGUGAUGAUGCAUAUGAACCCGCAGAGCUGGUCCUCGACGACCAUAUCGGCAACUCGGACGGUUACUUCACCUGGGACGGUAACUCAUUCACCCAGAGCGCUGAGAACAUCGAGUUGAGUUUCCGUGAUGAUGGUGUUUGGUUGGAGGGGGAUCUGCCCGAGUUCGAUGGCGGAGAAAGAGGACGCCAGGGAAUCAACCUAUCCGAGCAUAUUGAGAACCAGAAUGGGCAGCUGGUGUUUGUUGGAUUCUAAAUGUGAUGCUGGCAUGCAUAAACAGUCAUGCAUUAACCCCAAUGAAACAUGUUAGAAUGAAUACUGGAUAACCGACUAAAGAAAUGACUUGAUGUGAAUACAGUCAGCAUCGAGGCUUGAGCCUGGCAGAUUCCAUCACAAUACAUCUAGGACUAGGGUAAGAUAGUAUUCUAAUUACCACUAGAGGGUUGCAUUCUGCUCAAGUUUGUCGUCCAUGUGUUUCGUAUCCAAGUUGAUGAUGAGAAGAAGAACUCAAACAAUUGGGAUGGGUAGAUAAAAGAAUUGUUUUAUGUGGGAAUAGCUGCUCACCCUAUCCUAACAAGACUAAAGAAUUGAUUGAGCUAUCUGUGGCUUAAGUACGGCUGAGUGGAUGGGAAGCCCUGUGAUCCACACCCUGUGGUUGUAUGUACUCGAACAAGCAUCACGUAGGCCGCUCGAAUAUCACUUUAGGGUGCAAUGCAUAUACUCCUGGC